UGAUGCUCUCAUCUAAAUUCAUUUUCACUCUCAUUUACCUUGCAUCUUUUAUAUUUUAUGAAAGUAAUAAUAAUUCGUAUUAUUCACAUUCUAUGAAACCUCCUACUGUUGUAAAAAGUAAUCUUAGUUAACACUCCAUUCCACCUUUUCUUUUACCCUUUUUUUUAUAUAUGUAUUUGGAUCUGUUGUUAUAUCCAAAAGUAUCCGUUUUUAAAUCGAGCUUCUUGAUUCCUUGUUAUCUGUUAAUUAGUGAUACCUACUGUCACAUUUUUAUCUCUUUGGUUUCAGGUCUUCUUUGUGGAUACCAAAAAGUUGACAACUGAUGUCGAUGGACAUUGAUGUGCUGGCUUCUAUUGAUGUGAACAAAAGCCAUGGAUUGUGUAUGCACACAAUCGGGUCGUCCAGUGCAGGCACCGGAGAUCUUUCUGUAAAUAAUCUAGGGAAUGAUAUGUUCGAGUUUCAGAAUAUCCAACAUGACAAAGCUGCGGCUUCAUGCUCAAAACCACUUAAUGGCCAAAAUGAGUUUCAGAAGAAAGAUGGAGCUACUGAGAAGUUCUUUAUCAAGUGUGAUGCAUCUCCUUGUUCAAGCAAGACCACAUCCUCUAAUGAAUCAUGUGUGGAAGUUGAAUUUGGUGCUGAAGCUAUAACCGGAGAAAACUCAACAGAUCAUGACAACAUUAAGUUUCCGCCUACUACUUUUGAGCCUGUAUCAGCCAUGAAAGGUAGCCGGGAGAAACGAGGAGCCACCCCAUCUCAAAAGCUGGCUGUGAGGUGGUCACCUGACGUCUAUGAUCCAGUUCCAACUUCAGUUUCACAUGUGGUAACAAACAACAAGCCUCAAAAGCAGAGUAAGAAGAACUCCAAGUCCAAGCAGAAGAAGGGAAGCAAGUCAUCACACAAAAAUAAGUACAAAGACAAGUUGGCUGGAAAAAAAGGAGGCGGCUGAUUAUUGUGAGCCUACAUAUUGCCAUGGACAUUCGUGUCGGCAGUCUAGAUCAAUUAUGUGAGAUUUACUUUCUUAAGAGAUAUGGUAGGAACUUGCAACUCUCCAGUUGCUAAAGCUAGUUGGCCUUUUGGUUAUAUUAAACCAGGUAUGUCGUUCUACUUUAAUAUUGUAAAUAAAUAAAAUGGUUGAAGCUUUUGUGGAUUUGUGUUAAGACUUGGUUCUCUCUAAGAGCAUGAGCAUGAGUUUAUCAUAUGGGACUGUUGUAUAUAUUGGUCUAGAAGUGGUUAUGAAGAGUCUAGAAGUGAGUUUAUCAUAUGGGACUGUUGUAUCAAAGCUGUGCAAACUAAUCUGACUUAUUUAGGCCUAUCAGGCAGGAAACAUUCCAUGGCUCCAUAUCUGUACUGGAUGUUCAUUGCUCCCGUUACUCAAGACUGAAACUUGUAUUUGUAUUA